AUGGAAAAAAUUACUAAAACUCAAUUUGAAAAUUGGAGUAAAAAUUUUAGGAAAAAGUUAGAAGCUUAUCUAUAUAGCAAUGAGUCAAAUUUAACUCCGGGAGAAUAUGUUCAGUCAUUCUCCUUAAUUUCUGCUAUUACUAACGGAGUUAAAGACCAAAUUCCUUUUGCAGUGAUGAUUUUUAUUACCUUUUAUGAAGGGUUGCCCGGUCAUGACCUAAUUAAAAAUAAUGUCUAUUCUGAUACGGAUGGUUUAACUCUCCAACAAUGGUUAGAAAACAUAAAGAAAAAACUCAAAGAGCAUGCCGAAGCCAAUGGAUAUUAUAAACCUACUGAACCAGUAGAUAAGCCAUCUUUAAGGCAAAAGGAUUCAGAUUUAAUCAUUAAGACAAAGGUUUUUUUAGAACAAAUUAAAGAAAUUUCAAAAACUAAUGAUGAACUUAGCGAUAUUAAGGAAAAUAGCGGCAUGCUAAAUGAAUAUCCUUUUCUAAUAAAAGAUUUAAUUGGACCGGUGGAAGAAGCCCAGAAAAAAGCAGCCGAAGCCGAAAAAAAUCAGAAAAACAAAGGCAAUAUAAAUAAUAAUCCGCAAGAUAAUAGCAAAUUAAAAUGGGUCAUUGGUUUAGGGUUAGUUGCCUUUAUUUUUUCGGCAGUGAUUUUAUUCUUAACUAAAAGAAAAGAAGUGAAAAAAUUAGUCCGAGAAAAAUUUAAGCAUUCUUCGCCUAUGCAAACAACCGAUAUUGAAAAAAUAAUUCUCAAUAGUGGGGUCGGACAAGCAAUCGGAGAUAAAAAAUUUUUAGAAAAUACUGAAAAAGCCUUAAUUCGGGUUGCGCAAGGCCAAAAACCGAUUUUAACCCAUGCUCGCAAUUCCAUUACUAAUUUUAAAUUGCGUGAAGGAAUGCCGAUCGGUUGUAAGGUAACUCUGAGAAAGAAAAGGGCAUGGGAUUUCCUUUUUGAAUUAAUAAACAUAGACCUACCGAAUGUUUCCAAUCUUCAAGGGUUUUCAUCUAGAAAAUUUGAUAGGGACGGAAAUUAUAAUUUUGGAAUAGAUACUCUAAGUAUUUUUCCAACUGUUCCUUAUGAUUUAACCUUUAAAAAUCAAGGAGUUCAAAUUACGAUUGUUUUUAAAUCUCAUCUGGCCGAAGAGAAUGCCCACUUUUUAAGUUUAUUAGGUUUUCCUUUCAAAAAAAAGUAA